AUGAAAAAAUUGAUUAGUGCUAUUUUCUACGCCCAUUCAUUUAGUAAAAUAGGUAAUUUUGAUGUCAUGAUGAUGGAUUGUUUUAAUGGAUGUCAUAUGUAAAUAAUAAAUUCAUAUCAGAAUGAGUAAUCUAAAUGAAUACAUUAACAAUCCAACAUUGUUUAAAUAAAAGAUAAUCCACUUAAUAGGGAACAGCUAAUCCAGAAAAAAUACAGCAAUUUGGAUUGAACUAUAGAACACCUAAUUACGUUUGGCUCCAGUAUUAUAGCAUUAAAAUGUAGAUUUUGAUCGAAUAAGGAUUCUAAAUGCAUAGAGUCUCAGGAACUGUAUUGAAAUUUUCAAAAUGGUUACUUGAAGGUGAAAGCAGACUGCCUAGUUAAGCCACUCAUUUUGUUGGUGUUGGGGGGAUAGUAGUGAAAGAUAAUUGUGUAUUACUUGUACAAGAAAAGAAUGGUCAUCGAAUGGGAGCUUGGGGUACUCCAGGAGGGUUAUUAGACCUUUAGGAAUCUUUGAUCUAGGGUAUUUUAAGGGAGGUGAAAGAGGAAACAAAUUUAGAUGUAUAUUUUAAUAAUUAUAUAAUAAAAGUGUUAAGUAGAAGAUGUGUUGUAUUUUAGAGAGAUGCAUGAUGCUAGAUAUGAGAAGACAGAUAUGUACUUUGCAUUUAGAUUGAAAUGUUUGGACGAUUCAUAGAUCAAGAUUUGUGAUUAAGAGUUGAUGGAUUAUAGAUGGGUGCCUAUUGCUGAAUUAUUAGAUGUAAAUGGUGGUUGAUGAUAGAUUAGUUUUUGAGACUGGAAGAUUAGAAACCCCAUGUGAUAAACUUCUACAAAUCAGUUUAGGAAAGACUUAUAGGAGAGGAUAAAAAAUAUAUGUAGAUAGAGGAGAGAGAGGAAAAGUAUUAGGGUUAAAUGAAAUAUUAUGCAGUUUUCAAACCUAGAUUUUGA